CACACACACACACACACACACACACACACAGAGGCAUGACGUGGUCCGGGGUACUCGGUUGUGCAGAAUUCUCUUGAAGGGGUCGAGGAGCAAUUGUCAAGACAUGGACUUUAGCCAAAAUAACUAUUGAAUGCUUGAGUCAAACCCUCACAGCUGACCUUGAAAAACUAAAAGGGGGAAAGUGAAAUAGUGUGACGCAAAGAAUGUGUGAAAGUCCCAUAAUGGCAACCCCAAACGACCUCUCCCUAUUCAACUCCACCUCCUCCCCCCCCUUAUCGGUGACAGAGAUCUGCACGAAUACCUCUGUAGCGCCCUCCGCUCUCGCCUGCUCGGACUGGCCUCCUGUGCCCAUAACCACGGUCAUCCCCGCCGUCUACAGCGCCAUCUGCGGCCUGGGCGCCGUGGCCAACGCCCUGGCGGUGUGGGUGUUGGCCAGCGCCAGUGCCUCCAGGAGAACCGUAGCUAACACUUUCAUGCUGAACCUGUGCUUGUCCGACCUGCUGUUCCUGCUGUCCCUCCCGCUGUGGGCCGUCUACUACUCCCGGGGCUACAGCUGGUCCUUCGGCCGGGUCGCCUGCAAGGUCUGCGGAGCUGUCCUCCACCUCAACCUCUACGCGUCCAUCUUCUUCAUCACGUGCAUGAGCAUGGACCGGUACCUGGCCAUCGUGCGUCCGCUCCGCUCCCAGAGUGCGCGAUACCCCAAGCGAGCCCGGCUCACGUGCAUCCUGGUGUGGGUGCUGGCAUGCGCUUGCUCGGCCCCUAACUUGUAUCUGAGGGACACCUACUUUGUGGAGGCGCUUGGCGUGGAGGCCUGUGGGAUUUCCUACCCUGAUCAUACCUGGUACCUGACCCUGGCCUCAAUGAAAAUCACUCUGGCCUUCCUGUUGCCACUGUUUGUCAUCUCCUGUUGUUACUCUGCUAUUGGUCGACAUUUGGUGGCUGAUACAGGGUUGGGAAGAAUGCAGAGUACUUCGCAGCCCCCUAGCAUGCUCUCUUUCAAAUCCCUUGAGUCCAGGGAGAGCCGCAGUAAACCAGAGAGAUCUCCGACCCCAUGUGCGGCCUCCGGCUCCAUGCGGGGCAGGCCCCUGGAGGGCCGGGGGCUUGAGCGGGUGUUGUGGACUGUAGCUUCUGUGGUCCUGGCCUUCUUCAUCUGCUGGUUCCCUUUCCACUGCGUAACCUUCUUGGACGUGCUGAAGAACAACGGCUGGGUGGACAGCUGCUGGGUAAACUGGACCAUCCACAACCUCACACCGGUGACCCUAUGCUUAGGAUUCUCCAACUCUGCCAUCAACCCGGUGCUCUACUGCUUUAUCGGGAACCACUUUCGGGGUCGUUUGGGGGGCCUCUGCAAGGGCCUUUGGGCUUGCCUGAAGGCCCACGGGGAAGAUCACAGUCAGAAGAGGGGCUCUUUCAGCACUAGGCUGAGCUCCUUCUCUCGAAAACUUAGUGACCUGAAAGACCUGGCGGAUGUGGAGCCCUCUGGUCCUACCUAAGCAGGCCCAUUGAGGGCAGCCUUUGCCUCCCCUCACACUCCUUAGUGAUGGCAACGUCAUGUGACUGCUGAAUGACUAAAUGAAUCUAAUUCCAGCAAAGGUUAAUGAUUGCCUUACAUUUUGUUAAUACAAAAGAUGAAGCUGAGAAGUUUCAGGUUUUUAGUCUGGUAGCAAAAGGUUGUAAGAAACAGAAAAUAUACAUUUCAUGUCUUUAAUGCUGAAGCGUUCAGUUAUAUUUAGCCGAUACAUUUUAGAAAUCCACUGUACACAACACUCUCAGCUCAUAACCAGACAGUUAGCACCUAGAUGGUGAACAUAUCAGAAUAUUUAGGUUCAUGGUUGCAGAAAAAUAAACCUGCGAGGAGCCAUUUACAGCUACCCCGCUAAGCUAAGCUAAGCUAAGCUAAUGAUGUUGUAGCAGCACUCCGCCGCUGUUACUUUUUUGGAUAGCUUCUUUCACAUGUAUAUGGUAGGAUGAACUUAAUCUCAAAGACGUUGGAUGAUGAUAAUUUAUAUAAUGAAAACUGUUAUUAAAUAGUUAAUUUAUCUCAAGGCUGCCUUGUAGUUUUGCGAACCAUGUUGUUUUCUCAGAAAUCACACACUUCUGGGGCAUUACAAUAUUAAUAUAUAGUAUGUCUAUUUCAAAUUACUGUUUUAUCAAGGUUUAUUUGCAGGGCAGAACAUCAUAAAAUGUAUGGGGAUAAUUAACUAGUCUUGACAAUGCUAUUAUAUCUUCAUUUUUGGGACCAUAUGUAAUCAUAUAAUGUGUAACAACUUUAUUGUAUUGUUAUGUGAAGACAAUUUAAGAACAUGAAAAUGAUUGCAUUUCUUUGACUAUAAACAAGAAGAAAAAAUAAAUUUAACAAUAGUUCCAUAAAAAUCACACUUCUUUGUUGGAUAUUUGUUCUUUUACUAAAAUGCUAUAUUUUCAGAUUCAUUUUAGUCCACUGACACACAAACAGCAAUCUUGUGAAACAGAUUUCAUGUUUUUUAUUUGUACUUUGU